AUGAAAAAAUAUAAUAUUCGAAGUCCUCAAGAAAUUCCAGAAGAAGACAUGUCAGAUGUAGAUAAUAGAGAAGCCAAGAAACAGGUUAAGAAAGAGGAUUCUCCUACAUUGAAAAAAUUAAUUCAGGAACUGACUUCACCAACCUACCGACAAGUUGAAGGCCCCAUCACUUUGCAGUCGAGUGUUUCUGAGAUGGACGUAAGCUCGCUUAAUUUUCUCGAUUUAUAUAAUAAGAUUGAUACUGCCGAAGACAAUCUUCAAAGAACCACCCAUGAUUUAAUUCGAUGUUAUUAUAAUUUUGGCCAAGCCAUUAAGCAGUUGUUCGAUCAUUUUAGAAAAAGUUAUGAUGUUGAUUUUGUUAUUACCAGAUUAAAUGAAUAA